UGUUCAGCAAUUAAAACUUUGAUUCUUAAUUUAACAUAAUUUUCUACCAAUGCGAAGGCCCGUUCUAGAGGAAUAAAAAUAAUUGAAUCUGUCUUUUAUGCGGCGAUGCGUUCAUCGGGAAGGAAAUAGAAAAAAAUAGACGAAGUAGGCUACGGUCGCCUCAGUUCGGGUAUAAAAGCAGAGCAAUCUGGUAUGAAGAUUGAGUAUUAUUUUAUCGGUUGCCGCGUACGGUUCGUGUUGUAAUAAAAAGUUGGUGUUAAUGCAAGAAACGUUCCAAAGUGUAAAUCAGUGAAAUGUUUUAAGAAAAAAAUCCCCCGAAAAAACGAACGGUAACGGAAAGCAAGCGUGGAAUGUAAAGGUGUCCAGAAAUUGGUGUUGGUACGCGCGCGCCCAAAUGUCAAACUUCCAGCAGUAGAGUAACUCACAGGAAGCGAAGUAUUCUCGACGUGUGUGUGUGUGUGGUGUGAGGGGAAAACUCACCCCACGGUUUAGCAAGUUUACGUACGACGCCGACGAGCUAUCGACGACGACGCCACAGCGCAACAGUGCAGUGUGCAGUUGGUACGGUGAAGUGCAACCAAGUAAAGAAUUUUCCCUAGUGUAGUGUGUGUCUUUUGCUAACCAACCACACCAGACAGGCGAGUAAGACAAAUUUGGUUUGGUCUUUUUACUGAGCUUAAUUUUCGCAUCCAGCUGUGAAUGGUAAUUGUGCAUGUGAAACACGGUGUCUGUGUGCGUGUGUGUGUUAAGAAAUCAUCUCAACAGUAAUUAAAAAAUCAGUAGCAGUAGAAAUAAAUAACGAGCAUCGCGAGCGUUGAUGAUCGACGGGCCAUCGUUGCGUGGUGGGAAAUAGUGUGACACACAUCGCACAAGGAAAAGCAGCACGUAAUCAAUCACAAAUCGCAACUGUGCUGGGAAGCGGAACGAUCGGCACACGAUGGCUGACGACGAGAUUCUGUUCGACGAUGUGUACGAGCUGUGCGAAGCGAUCGGGAGAGGUCCAUUUUCGAUAGUUCGUCGAUGUAUCCAUCGGGAGUCAAAUCAGCAGUUCGCGGUCAAGAUUGUGGACGUUGCCAAGUUUACGGCCAGCCCGGGUCUCAGCACAUCCGAUUUGAAGCGAGAGGCCACAAUAUGUCACAUGCUGAAACAUCCGCACAUCGUCGAGCUGCUGGAAACGUACAGCUCCGAAGGCAUGCUGUACAUGGUGUUUGAGUACAUGGAAGGAUCAGAUAUUUGCUUCGAGGUGGUGCGCCGAGCCGUGGCAGGAUUUGUGUACAGUGAAGCAGUAGCGUGUCAUUAUUUGCGGCAAAUUUUGGAGGCGUUACGCUACUGUCACGAGAACGACAUCAUACACCGGGAUGUACGGCCCGCCUGUGCGCUGUUAGCAACGGCAGACAACUCCGCGCCCGUCAAGUUAGGUGGAUUCGGUUCGGCAGUUCAGCUACCGAAUGGGCGCGAUUCGGUGGAGACGCAUGAGCGAGUCGACCCCCAUCGCACGUUUUUGAGUCCGAGAGGAAAACUCUACCUGAAAACAGAUAGCGAGGGACGCGUCGGAUGUCCUCACUAUAUGGCCCCGGAGGUGGUGGCCCGGCGAGUGUACGGCAAACCGUGCGACGUUUGGGGUGCUGGUGUGAUGCUACACGUACUGCUAUCCGGCCGUUUACCUUUUCACGGAUCUGGCAAACGGCUGCAGGAUGCCAUCGCUCGAGGACGCGUCUCGCUGGAUACUCCGGAAUGGAAGAAUAUAUCGAGCAAUGCGAAGGAUCUGGUACUGAAGAUGCUAGCACCGAAUCCCAUCAGCCGGCCGACAAUAACGGAAAUUCUGGAUCAUCCUUGGAUACGGGAUCGUGACAAACUGCAACGUAUUCACCUGGGCGACACGGUCGAGGAGCUGAAGCGUUACAAUGCACGCCGUAAGCUGAAAGCCGCCGUCCAAACGGUCGCUGGCGGUGUUGCAAUGGAUCCCCUGUGCUGUGCGGAUACCGACUCAAUGGCUAUUGGUACUGCAUCGGAAAGCCUCAACGAGUGGGCCGACGAGGAGGCGGGCCUGGAGGCGAUCCAGAAAAUUCUUGACUCAUUAGACGAUAUCAUUGCUUUGCAAGAUGCGAACUGCGAUCCGGAUGUGCUGGCCGGCAUGCUGCGCGACGUCAAGCUGCACGAGUUGCUGCAGUUGUUUGAUAGAAUCAGUAGUUCGGUUAUCAAUCCUUCGCGGGCCCCACCGGGAGAUGCCAUCAGCCGCUGCCGGGAUGCGAUCGAUGCCAUCUCAUCCACCGCGGGACACAAGUAUGUGCGCGAGAAGACGGAGCUGAUCAACCUGCUAGGAUCACCACACAUUCAGGCUCUAUUACACACGCAUGACGUGGUAGCUAGGGAAGUAUACGGCGAAGAAGCGCUUCGUGUAACGCCACCACCGAUCGCGCCCUACCUGAACGGCGGAAACGAUGAAAUCGACAACGGUGACGCCGGAGAGCUACAGCACGUUACGCGCGUCCGGCUGGUGCAAUUCCAGAAGAACACCGACGAACCGAUGGGUAUAACGCUGAAGAUGACCGAAGACGGCCGGUGCAUCGUGGCCCGGAUCAUGCACGGUGGCAUGAUCCACCGGCAGGCCACGCUGCACGUCGGCGACGAAAUACGGGAAAUCAACGGCCAGCCGGUGCAGCAUCAAACAGUCAGUCAAUUACAGCGAUUGCUGCGGGACGCGCGCGGUUCUGUUACUUUUAAAAUAGUUCCUUCAUAUAGAAGUGCCCCACCGCCGGUUGAGCUAUUCAGGAUAAGACCAGCACCGGUUUUAGUUGAUCAGAUUUUCGUACGAGCUCAGUUCGACUAUGACCCGCUGGACGACGAGCUGAUACCUUGUGCGCAGGCAGGGAUAGCUUUUCGUGUCGGUGAUAUUCUACAGAUUAUUAGCAAAGACGAUCAUCAUUGGUGGCAGGCCAGGCAUGACGCUGCGGGAGGUUCAGCCGGAUUGAUACCCUCACCAGAGCUUCAGGAAUGGCGCAUCGCCUGCCAAUCGGCGGACAAAUCCCACAAAGAACAAGGAGAGGCAGGGCCCGGUUGUUCAGCACAGGCCGAAGGAUGUGAAGGACCCACAGUAGUUAAUUGCUCAAUAUUUAGUCGUAAAAAGAAACAGUGUCGGGAUAAAUAUUUGGCGAAACACAAUGCGGUCUUCGAUCAGCUGGAUCUGGUAACGUACGAGGAGGUGGUCAAAGUACCGAUUGGUGAUCCAGCUUUCCAAAGACGCACCCUGGUGUUGCUCGGAGCGCACGGCGUAGGACGACGUCAUAUCAAAAAUACGCUCAUCGCAAAAUAUCCGGAUAAAUACGCUUAUCCAAUACCACAUACCACCAGACCACCACGACCGGAUGAGGAGAAUGGGCGAAGCUACUACUUCAUAUCACACGAUGAGAUGAUGGCGGAUAUUUCGGCCAACGAGUACCUCGAGUACGGUACGCACGAGGAUGCGAUGUACGGUACCAAGCUGGAAACGAUACGACGCAUCCAUGCGGACGGCAAGAUGGCAAUACUGGACGUGGAACCACAGGCCUUAAAAAUACUUCGAACAGCCGAAUUUACGCCGUACGUUGUGUUCAUAGCAGCGCCACUGCUGCAAAACAUCGCCGACUACGACGGUAGUCUCGAGCGUCUCGCCAAAGAGUCCGAUAUGCUGCGCCAGGCGUACGGUCACUUCUUCGAUCUGACCAUCGUCAACAACGACAUCGGUGAGACGAUAGCAACGCUGGAGAACGCUAUCGACAAGGUGCACUCGACCGCCCAGUGGGUCCCGGUGUCCUGGCUGUACUGACAAGAUAGUGAGCUAGAAUGUCCCGCUUGUUUGGAGGAUGAGUGCGAUUGUGAGUGCGACUGUGAGCUGGAUCUGAAGUGAGCGGUCGGCCGGAUACCUCACGGAAGAAAUACGAAACAAAACAAACAAACAAACCCACGGUACACAGCUACAGUAGCAGAAAGAGACGGUACACCGAAACACUGAACCCGGGUUAAUUUUUGUGCAAGCACAGGGUAUGGUUCAAAACAGACGGUUCUUAGUGUUUUAGUAGCGAAUCAAAUCAAAUUGGCGAUUGGGUGCGGUAUGUUGUUAUCGGUUGAGAUACACGGCGGUUGUACAAAUUUUGUGGUUUUUUUAUGUUUAACAUCAAAUUCAUUGCAAAGUACAUUAUUCCAAAGAUCAUUUUGUUAUGCAGAUAAUUGAUUGUUCAAUUUCCCAUAUAGUUAAUCAACCAGUAUAGUGAAUUAAGAGGUCUAGUUUUUCUCAAUAUAAGUGUUAUGUUUUAGUACAAUAUUACAUCACCGUGUAGCAAAUUUCGUUCAAAAAUGUUAUUUUCUUGGUUUCAAUUUGUUUCUUUAAAGUUGGAGUUGUUGCAAUCCAACGUAACAUUGCUGUUUUAUUUGUUGAACACUCCACCAUACCCUAUUGUUAUAUGUUGUCAAACACGUUUCUACUAGCGACAGUCGGUGUAUUACACAUACAAAAUGAAAGAAGAAAAAGAAAGGAAAAGAAAAGAAAAAAAAAAACAAAACCAAAAAAAAUAAAACGAAGUGAUAGAAAACGCAAACAUUCACACAACAACACUUACUGCAAAGGAGUAUAAUUAUAAAGAUAAUAACUAACGACACAAGCAUACACUUAACUAGAACUCUUUUUAAAAGAACUAACGCAGAAAGCAAGCGCAACGCCAAACACAGGGCGAAAGCGAAACAGCAAAAACAACAAAACAAAAACAACCCAAGUUACAAAAAGCGGAAAAGCAAACAAGCAAAACAAAAACCAACACAACUAACAAAAAAAACAACAAAUAAAUUCAAACGAUUACUGAAAGGUGAACAAAAACAAAAGAACCGAGCGUAGGAAGAGCAGAGGAAAAUAUUAGUUAGAUUUAAUCUUAACCAAAAUAAACUGAAAAUGAAAAAAGAAAAACAAAUGUUAACAUAAUUCAUAAUAAUUAUUAUAAUAACGCUAAUAAUAAUGACGAAUGAAAUUAAAUCAAGAGUAUUGCAAUUCAAAGAAAGUAAAAACAAACAAAACACACACUCAAACACGUGAACACAAACACAUUAAAAGAACAACAACAGAAAACCAAACGACAGUAGAAACAAAACAAAAUGGUUGCAACAAACACACCCACACAAACACAAAGAAAGAAGAAGAAGAGAAAACAGCAACACACACACACAUACACGCAACACAUAUAGGAGAGAACUUAUUACGUUUGAAUUGGGUGUAGAAAAAAGUAACGUUUGACGAAUGUGUUUUCGUGUGUUUUGUUUUCUAGUAAUUUGAGGCAUAUUCUGCGAAGAGGAUAAAGAAACACCACCCUCUCCAGGUGGGCGGCUAGGGUUAGUGGAGUAGAUGAGGUGGGGAUUUGAAGCGAAAGGUUAUAUGUUAUUUGAAACAACAACAGCAAAAAAACGCAGCUGGAGUAGUAGUUGUAGCGUCGAACAGAAGCAACAAAACAAUCGGUGCGGUGCCAUAUGCAGACAGACAGUGUUAGGGUGGGCCGCAGCGAAAAAUACAAAUACAUGAUGCAGUGCGACUACUGCAGCCCCUAGCAAAAGAAAAACGGGGGAAAAAGGGUGAAAAAAAACAAGUUCAAAGCAAAAGCAAAACCAAUCGAGCAAUUGGAGGAGAGAUAGUUUGUUGAAAUUCAUUCACUUAUAGAUGGGAAAAUUGAACAACAAAUACCAAAACAAACGAGCAAAACAUGUUAGACGAGGACCUUUCCAGGUAUCGUUCAUACGGUGUAGAAGAUAAUGGUCAUGUUCAUGGUUUGAUGUUCGAUUUUUUUUAAACAUCAUUUAGAGGUUUUUGAGUUGAGCUUUACACAACUGUUUUGGCAUUUCAAGGAAAACCCAUCAAGCUAAUUUAUCGAAGCCGUUCGGCUGUCAUCAAACUGCAGUUUCUAAAACACGGACAGCUUUCAUGUGGUGUUGAAAACAUACACUGCGCAAAGAAAAACUUACACGCACAAACAAGUACGAAAUAAGAUCUUGCCUUGGCUGAUUACAGUAAUUGUGCAACGAAAAAUCACUUGGAAAAUCGAAGCACAAAGCAAACCCAAUACUUGGUCAACCAUUCAAUCAUCCCAACCCCCAUUCUAUCUGUCUCUUCCGAAUUUCCAACCUAUAACGAGUGUGUUAGUACCGCUAGCUGCAAAUGUAACACUUUUUCGUUGAACAAUUCUAACGCACACACGUACAUCAGAACCCGGUGCCAGACAUACUUUUUUAAUGUGAAACACACUGACCCAACCCAACAACGGCCAGUGCUGAAAGGUAUGAAAUCAGGUUUUAAAACUUUCUACUAAACAUUCCAUACGGAUUUUCCUCCCAUUUCCAAUGGAACGAUAACAGUGCAGAAAGACAACAUAAACAAUCGGAGCGUAAACACUAACGUGGCAGCAGAGUAAGUACAGCCGGCGCACGUUUGUGAAGCUUGCCGCAUGUGUAACCGAGGAGCUUCUCUUUAUGGGUGUGUGUGUGUGGAGUGGAGAGAGAGAGUGUGUGUGUGUUGAAGACGACAAUGAAUUUCGGAAACAAUCUUUAAAACAUGAAAACCCAACAAAAAAAGAAAACACAAAAGCAUUACAAUUGUUGGUUCCCAGCGUAGAAAAUGGAAAAUUUGUAUUACACACCAUUGCGAAGUACUUUAUAGCAAAACAUAAAGCCCCCUAAAAACAUAUAUUUGGGACGAUAACCUUUGGUCAUCUACAUGUUUUAGAGACAAAACAAACAAGCAAACAAACAAACAAUCAAACAUAUUACUCAUAGUGGCAAGAUACACAGACACACGCAGUGCACGCUAAUAAACUCACUCACUCACACUUUACAGCCAAAGCGUGCCAGCACGAACGGCACACGGCCAGUGUAAUCCAAUGCGCAUCCAGUGUAGGGACACGCGAAAAAAUCGGGACAUCGUUGUUCUCCUGCCUGCGAAUGCUCCCGAGCGUGUACUACAUUGGGCGGUGCCCGUAGCACGAGUAACUGUGGUAGAGUUGUUGGACAAAUUUGCACAUAACGCAAUCAGCUAGCAGAGCAGAACAAAAACGAAUCCUCUAUACUAGAGUCCACUAUCACGAAAAGCAAUUAUAAUACAGCAAAAGAAGAACCCACUCACACACACACGUGUAUCAAAAGAAAGACAAAACUCUAUAUUUAUUACCAAAAAAAACACAAGCAAGCACACACAAGCAACAUGUUUAAGAAAUCAAAAAGUAUUGAGCCUAGUUUUCAGUUUUUUCUUCUUGGCAACAAAACGUAGAAAACGAGCAAAACAAAUAGAACCGAUGCAUUAAACACGCAUCCCCCUAAAAUAGGGUUAAACAAAGCAGCAACCCAGUGUAUGUGUUUCUAUCCCGGAUGGCGUUACGCGCUGGUUCGCUGCCGUUACGUGAAUUCAAGAUAUGCGCCUAACGUUAUGCAAUAUUACGGUUCCAGCAUUUGAAUCAACAAGCGAACGAACAGCACCAACGAGCCACAAGGGAGUAGAAAUGCAAAGCUACAUCAAACAAGUGAUGAAUAAAAACCAAACUCAAACUCAUACCAAGCAGUGAGAUAUAAACACACAACAAUCUUAAACGUUAGCUAAUUUGGAAGGGUUUGUUUUUUUUUUCAUAAUCAAACUAAAAGCGAAACCAAAACCCCCGAAACAAAACCAUUAAACGCACAGUGUGACUUCUUCUUCUUCCCUUCCUCAACGAGACGGCAGUGUAAUCUUCCCCGUGAAACCCGUGUAUACAAUAAAGCGAAGUUUUAAAACUAUAAUAAUGAAAUCGAAAAGUGAAACAGCAGCAGCAGCGUGGCGCUACAGGAAUACACCUACAAAGAAACCUACACACAGAUCGAACGUAAACGAACUCUUAACAAUAAAAACAAUAAUUUCGUCGAAAUUAAAAACAAAACAAAAAAACCGCAUGAAACAACAUAACUUCACACCCUUCUAGUGUUUGUAAAAGCAAAAAAAAGGGGGGGAGGCUUCUGGUAUGGCGGUGAAAACAAAAACGAAAUUUACUAAACAUAUAAAACCACAAAUCGUUAUCGGAAAGGAUCGACAGACAAGUUCGAGCAAUAGGCAAACAACAGUCGAAAUUUAAAACCGCAAAAUGCAAAUUUAAAUUUUCAAUGCCCUAUACCUAAACCCGCGGCACACCACAAAGCAACACGGUUGACUUAAAGAGGAGAAAAAACAAACGAAGGAAAAGAAGGAUGAGACUAAUAACACAAAUAAAUUAGUAGAACGAACGUCGUCUCAACAGGGAAGAAAACCUUCCUUUUUCACUUCCACCCUCAAUUUACUUACGGUAAUCACAGGCGCGUAACGCAAUGCUAGCAAACGAAAUAAAAACAAAGGAAAACAAAGAAGUGAAAGUUAAAUAAAUAAAACAAAACAAAAACCCACACACGCACACAUGCGCGCGCGCGCGCGCAAGUAAACAAGCAAUGGCAGCGGGCAACGGGUGUGUGCAGUAAAGCAAA